AUGGUAUCAAGAGCUCUGGGUUUUGCCUACACCGGAUUCAAUAAUGGCGGUGGCGGUGGCCGCGGUGAUGGCGGAGGCCGCGGUAACGGUGGUGGCCGCGGAAAUGGCAAUGGUGGCGGAAACGGCGACGAAACAUCGGGUGUCACAAACAAUGGUAGUUAUUUCAAUAUAGGCGGCAAUGACCAAGAGGGUUCCUCAUACUCCCUCAAGGUCAAUAUUCCUAAGAUGAAUGGGAAUAACUAUAAUGAAUGGGCCCAGACAGUUCGCUUGGUAUUGGAUAGCAAAGGGAAGUUGGGUUUUUUAACUGGAGCAGUAGCUGAACCGGCAGUAGGAGACCCUCUUUACCAACAAUGGAAAUCUGAAAACUCCUUGAUUAUUGCGUGGUUGGUAAGCUCUAUGGAAACUGGAAUAGGUAAGCCUUAUAUGUUUUUGCCUUCUGCAAAGGAUGUAUGGGAAGCUGUUAAGGAAACAUACUCUGAUAGUCAAAACUCUUCCCAAAUUUUUGGUUUAAAAUCAAAGUUAUGGCAUGUGAAACAAGGGGACAUGAAUGUUACUGCUUAUUACAAUGAGUUGUUGACCCUUUGGCAAGAGUUGGAUCUAUGUUAUGAUGACAAUUGGAGGUGUACAGAAGAUAGUGUUUUGUUUCUCAAAAGACAAGAAAAUGAUCGUGUCUUCAUGUUUCUCGCUGGGCUCAAUAAAUGA